UAAAAAUAGACUAAACGGGUAAUUAAAAUAAUAACCCGUUUUCGUGGUGUUGAUCGGACUCGCCCUUACCCGGCCGCUCUGUCCCGGUCGCCGUCCUGAUUUUGAGAACAUAGGUGGAAACAAGAAAAUUUGGAAGGACGCAAUGGCAAGGAAAAACGACAUUGUAACCGCCACCAGCCUCCUCAACACCACAAGACUGUCUCCAGAUUUAUCUUCGGAUUCCAUCCGUCUGCUCGAUGACUUCAUGAGAUCCAUCGGAGUUUACGGGACUAGCUUUCCUCCUGAAUACCAGGCCAGGGGCGCUUUCUGUCACCUUACUCAAGGUGUCCUCCAUGUCCACCACAUCCAUCCUGGGAAACUCACGUGCCUGCUCGUCGUCAAACCUGCUAUCAUGAAUGGUUUUGGUGGGAUGCAUGGGGGUGCGGUUGGUGCAAUAGCUGAGAGAGUGGCGAUUGCUUGUGCUAGAACAGUUGUGGGAAAGGAUAGAGAGCUAUUUCUUGGAGACUUAAGCAUGUCUUACCUCUCAUCUGCUCCUCUUAAUGCAGAAGUGAUGAUUCAUGGAUCUGUAGUUAGGAGUGGAAGAAGUAUAACUGUAGUUGCUAUGGAAUUUAAACUGAAGGACUCCGAUAAAUUGGUUUACAUUUCUCGUGCAACUUUCUAUCAUACACCAGCUGCAAGUUUGUGAACGGGCAAUUCUUUGCUCAAACAGGUUAACCUUGCUACAACAGACUGGUGUUGCAUCCAGUUUCGAGGGCAUGCCUUCCUGUUUUAUUGAUAUUCAUUUUAGCGUUUUGGUUACUUUUUGGUACAUAUGAGUCUCCAUCCCAUAACACUCUUCAUGCUUCAUUUUCGAGAUGCCCAAAAUAAAGAGUUGUGCGGUUAAUAAAAUGGAGAGACAAUAACUGGAUGGGUAGUGUAAAGGCACCAGCGUACACAUCUAUUUAUCACUUUGCAUAGUUUAUAGAGCUUUAAAUAUGUUGUAUGAGAUGAGACGGUGUCGGUGGUAAGCGCCUAUGUAUUACAAGUGAGGUUAUGGAAUCCGGGUCUAGAAGAAAGCCAGAAAACCUCACCUUGUGAACUAUAAACGUGGAAUCUAUAGUAUCCAAAUUUACUAUUUUUUAGUAUGUAAUACUCUGUAUAUGGAGAAUUAGUUACAAAAUUGGUAAGGUUAUU